CUGAAAAGCAGGCCUGGACUGUUUUGGUUCGUUGUUAUAGUUAUAGAUGGUUAUAAACGCUCCCUUCAUUUGAUUUCGGCACUAUGAGGAGUUUGUUUGGGGGAGGGUAUAUUUACAACAGAAUGGACAGGACGUCUAUACAGGGCUAUGAAGUGAACAGCAAGUGACGGAAAAACAGAAGUUCUAAUAACUAGGCCUAUUUAAUUAGCGAAGCCAAAACAGCAGCAAGAGCAAAUACGUCAGCGUUCGUUGUAAUGGAGAGAAAGGCUGAAAUCACAUGGGCAGGAAACAAUUUUGUUUGUGUGUGUGUGUGUGUGUGUGUGUGUGUGUGUGUGUGUGUGUGUGUGUGUGUGUGUGUGUGUGUGUGUGUGUGUGUGUGUGUGUGUGUGUGUGUGUGUGUGUGCAGACGCAACAUAAACGUUAUACAAACAACACAGCAAUGUGCAGUCGAAGAUACUUGACCACUAUGAGGCCCGCCGCGGCGGUGGGAGACCGCGGCGGUGUGAACCCAGACGCACUGGUUAGAGGAACAUCACACCGCUAGGUUUCAUCCCGUGGGUUCAAAACCGGUCCAGCACAGUCGGAAACCGAAGCCGAGUUAGCGUCACCGAUAUUUGAAAAAUAGUGGAAAAUAGGACCAAUAAUCAUUGUCGGACCGGAUAUUGGCCUGCAUUUUUAGAGUAUUAUUCUCUUGGCCUUCUUUUGUGCUACGAAACUACAGGCUGACCUCAACAAGUUAUGAGUUCUGUUUCAGGCCACGUUUUAACUAGUUCUGUGACGCCCCCUGCUGUCAAUCACUCGCAAAGUGUGUGUGUGUGUGUGUGUGUGUGCGUGUGUGUGUGUGUGUGUGUGCGUGUGUGUGUGUGUGUGUGUGCGCGUGUGCGUGUGCGCGCGCGUGUGUCAGCAGAAAGAAACACAGUUUAAACUUGGAGAAACAGGAAUUCUAUUUGAAGAGCAGAAAGAGGAAAUAUGAAGAUGGAAGGGAUGCUUAGAGGACCACACUGAGUCACACACGGACACACGGACAGAGAGACUCAACAUGGACGGCUGUCUCUUGGCCACAGUGCUCUCUCUGCUGCCAGCCUUCCUGGGAGCCCAGGGCUCAGCCGACGACAGCUGGUCCAUGACGGUGCCACCGGAGGUGCGUGCGACCGAGGGCUACCCGGUGGUGCUGCCCUGCUCCUUCAGCCACCCCAACCACACCCCCCACUCCUCCCUGCUGGUGGCCUGGCGGCAGGGCACCACCCGCCUCUUCCACUGCACCACCCACGCCGGCCAGCAGGCCUGCGAGGCCUCCCCCCAGCAGGACCCCCGCUACCGGCUGCAGGGGAACCCGCGGGAGCACGACCUCUCCCUGCGCAUCAACAGCGCCGCCCUGCAGGACGGAGGCCGCUACUACUGCCGCGUGGAGGUGCCGGGGCACAAGCACGCCAGCUACGAGGACAGGAUGGGCACACUGCUCCGGGUGGAGGCACCGCCGCGUAUCCUGUCCCUGUCGGUCCAGGGCAGCGAGGACUCGGGGUUCAGGGCGCAGUGCGAGGUGGAGGGAUCCCCUCUUCCGGACAUCCAGUGGGUCUCCCCGGACCACCUGCUGCUGGAGGGGCUGGAGGUGGGGCGGCCAGGCCAGGGCUCCUCCCCCUCCCAGGGCUCCUCCCCCUCCCAGGGCUCCUCCCCCUCCCGGCACCACGCCGUCAGCCAGCUCCCUGACAUCCGCCCUGGGCAGCAGUACACCUGCAGCGCCACCAACCCCCUGGGCAGGGAGCAGGCCACGCUGUACCUCCUACCCCCCAGGAGGGAGGCCUGCCCAGGGGCCACCGGCCCUCCUCUCCUGCUCCUGCUCUCGCUGUCCCUGGGGGCCAAGGCCCUGCUGCUAGGGGGGGUGGGGGUGUGGGCGGUGCAGGGAAGGGCCUCGUCUGGCCCUAUCUGUAGGUGGAGGUGAGCCGGUCUACAAGCCCACAACCGCUGUAUUCCUGGGCUUGGUGUCAUAGACCUCUGAAGAAUAAGUCCCGCCUCCAAGCCUCCCGGUUCCCUCGGUCAAAUGUCGAUGGGAAAUAACCUGGUUUUUUUUAAUGACCGUACAUAACAAACUCUGUAGGCGACGAGGAAGUUAAAGCUGCGUCACGUGGGUUUUUGGAUAUUCGGUGCCGUGAGAGUAGUAAACAAUUAUUAAUGCUACUUUAACGGCACAGACAAUCCAAAAAAAACUGUUGAAACUAGAGGGAAAAAGUGUGUGGUUCAAAACGUCACGCGGCUUUUACUUCUUGGCCGGCCACAGAGUUUGUUAUGUACGAUCAGGAGGGUGCCGGAGCCUCGGAGGCGGGACUUGCUCUUCAGAGGUCUUUUCACCCUUUCUCUCUCACCCUCACUGGUCGUUUCUCAUGUCAUGUGAUUGGUGAUGUCAUGCCGUUGUGCUGCCUGCUGGGUACACUGAUGAUGACCAGACUGGAAUCAGGGGAAAGGAGAUGACUGGAAUGGAGUUUUCACAUUUUCUCAUGAUUAAUUCUUGCCUCCUGUUUGGAGGCAGGAUCGGUCAAGAUUUGGCAAAAGUCUUCAUGUAGAUCAAUGUUGUGUUUACCUUCAUGCGUUGACCUUGCUGUGACUUCUUGCAUGUUCAAGGGAAUACUAGAAUAAACAACACAACAAGCCGA